AUGAACAUGCUCACCAUGUCUUCCCCAGUCGGCAUACCGCUGGCUCCACCACAACCACAACUGAUACCAUGGAACGUCCAGCCUGGCCUCCCUGUCGCGGACAGGGCGGCAUCAGGAGCGGAGGCCACCGACAAGAUCGCCCCCAAGCCCUGCUUGACGUGCAGGAGACGACACGUCAGAUGCGACAAGCAGUUGCCACGAUGUCACCGCUGCGUGCGUUUCGGGCGGGUCUGUCCCGGCUAUGCACCCAGCACCCGUGGCAAGUCACAGAACGGGUCGAGUAAACGUCCACGGCUGGGAAGCUCGGCCUCGGACGGAGGUGUCUUGACCGUGCCGUUGACCGUCAAGACCGAGUUUGGUGAUUUGGGCAAAGUCGACGACCCCGACCUGGAGAUACAUCAUUCAAGUACUGAUCUGAGUACUGCGUCAAUGUGGAGCAUUCUGGACAACCAAGUGAUGAGUGCGGAUUCGCCAUCGAAUGCGUUCAGCGUUUGCUCGUCAAUGGGAGACGACGAAGAUUCCCAAUGGCUAUCAGUCUUGCGCAACGAGGAGACCACGCCAUGUAGAUACUUUGUAUCCAUGGUUCCAUUCAGUCCACUCAUCCGUAACUUGUUUUUAUUACUGGCAAGCUACCUUGGACCCAAGGCAAGCGAGUCAAACUCACCGGGAGAUGUAGAGCUUCUACGACGCAAGUCGGAGGCUUUGGAAGGAUUCAUCCGGGGUAUCGACGAUGGCGACAAGUCAGACGUCAUGGUCGCCGCUACGGUCCUGCUGAUAUGGGUCGGGUUCCACGACGAGGAGCUCGGGGCUUUUUUCGGCAGCCACCUGUUUGCCCUAAGGGAGCUGUUGCGAGCCCGAGGCGUACCGAACCAGUCCAUGGGUGAUGCAGCAUUACCUUGGCACCCUCGGCCGCUUUCAAUAUUCCAAGAGUACUUUGAGGAGAUAUACCUCGUACUCGGAACUUUGGGCACCACUCUGCUCCGGCAAAAGGAGGAUCUGACGCUUCUCUUCCCGGCGCCCGCCGUGGCAGCAAUAUGCGGGCGGGCCGAAAAGCGGUCCUGGGUCGGCUGCCCAGGCGAGCUGCUGCAGGUGCUCGCGGCGGUGAACAAGCUCUCUGCGGCGGCGUCGCCGCUGCCGGCCAAGCCCGCGUCCGCCAUGACCGCGACCGGCCCACCCACGCCGCCGGCAUCCGACGAGUGGAUCGCGACGCUCUUUCAGCAACUGACGGAAUUCUCACCACGAGAAUGGGCGAACCAGAGCGACAAGCAGCAGCAGCAGCAGCAGCAACAGCAACAGCAGUGCACGCCGGCAAACAGCUGCUCGCCGGCGCCGUCCCCCAUCCUCGAAGACGUGGCGAGCACCAACGACGACCGGUUCCACCUCGCGAGCGCCUACAAGGGCGCCAUCUACAUCUACGCCUGCCGCGCGCUCAGGAUCCAGUCGUGUCCGCAGCUCGACGGCUUCGUCGGCGAGGUCCUCGGCCACCUGGAGCGCGUCUCGCCCGAGGGCCCGCGCUUCGCCAGCACCAUGUGGCCCGCCGUCAUCGCGGGCAUGGAGUCGGGUUCGGCCUGGACCAGGGACGCCGUCCGCGCCCUCCUGCAGCGCCACCGGGCGGCCGCCGGCCCACAGUCCCUGCACCUGAGCCGCGCCGAGGCCGUGCUGGAAAAGCUGUGGGCUGAGCAGCAGGCUGGACUCGGUCCGGGGUCGUGGUUGGAUUUCGUCUAUGAUUUUGGGCUUGAUUUGAUUGUCAUCUGA